CUCCGGCAGCCUUUGCACACGCGCCCUUGCAGCCUCUGCGGGGAGCUGGCCCCCGGGGCCGCAGCCACGCUGUGAAGAGUUGCUCCCCUGGGUCAGUGCCAGUGGAAGAUCACACUGGAAACCUCUUGCAGUGCCAGCAGUGCUUUCCAACCUGGGGGCUCACGGGCUCCUGGGAAGGGACAUCCUGGCAGUCAAAUGUGCUGAAGUGUGUCCCCUUAACGCUUCAGUGCCUCAUCACUGGGGAGCCUGGGACUCCCAUCCCACCUGCCUCCACCUUGUGUGAUUGCCAGCUGCAUCCUGCCAGCUUGCUGGUCCUGUCCGAUGCCAAGGGCUUGUUGUUUCACUGAUGGAGUAGAGGCUCGUGGUGGCAGUGUUCUGCCAUGCUUAUUGCGUGGAGCGUGCUGCCUCUGGUGGGCUGGGAGUGGUUCAUGGCCUCAGCACUGGGGAGAAGAUGCACGUGGCAUCCAUUGGUGCAGCCAGCCUGGCUGCCACUGCCAAGUCUGCCAGCAUCGUCCCUGCUGGAGAGGGAACAGCGAUGGGAAACACCGCUUGCCAACAUCCCCUGAAACAGUGACUCUACGUUCCCAUGGUGGCUUGGCCCCAAGGGGCCACUGGCGGAGGUGGCCAGUGGUGAUGUGUUCUCGUUGGAGCUGGGCCACUGGCCAGCCAGAACUUGGCCUUGCAGUGGGUGAGGCUCUCUAGGCCCUGCUGGGACCCUGACUCCUUCCCACCCCAGACCAAAGCUCUUGUCCCCAGGCCUGCGGCCCUUCCCUGGAGGGGGAUGCACAUCCCUGGCAAGAGAGGCUGGUGGCUGGGGAGCAGAUCCCAAGCCCUGCACUGGGAAGCCUGCUUCGGGCAUCAUUGCUCAGGUGAUGCUUCUUGAAUAGCUGGGUUUGGGGGGGUGGCUCAAAGCCCCUGCAGAGGAGCCAGGCGACAACCAGGGCCUUGCAUCUCCUGUCGCAAUUGGUCCCAGGCUUCAAGCAGGCUGGGUGGCUUCCCAGAGCAUCCUGAAACUCCCACGGCUGUGAAACAGGUGCUGAAAUGCUGCUUUGCUGCCUAUGCCGGUUGUCAGUCCUAAUAAAUUGGUUUUGGAGCAGAAGGGUUCCUUCCACCUCAGCUGCCCUGCAAGGGGGCAUGGCAGGACUGAACCCUCCCAGCACCGCAGCACGCUGCCACAGCUCAUUGCACUGGGCAGCUCUGGGCUGAUGUUUGUUGAUGCUGGUCUGACCUGUUGCUGGUUGGGGAGGACACUUGUCCAGCAGUGAUUUGCCGUGAUGUUUUACGUGCAGUUUGCAAAGCCAAAUGUCAGCACAGGCGCCUGCAGGAGCUCCCAUCUGGGAAGGAGGCAGGGAGAGGGGCUCAGCCUGUUUCCACAGGCACUGGAGGACACACAAGAGAAGGAAACUGUCACCCCUGAGAGAGCAGAAGAGGCGAAACUGAAGGCCAAAUACCCCAACCUAGGCCAGAAGCCCGGAGGCUCUGACUUCCUCAUGAAGAGACUGCAGAAAGGGCAAAAAUACUUUGAUUCUGGUGACUACAACAUGGCCAAGGCAAAGAUGAAGAACAAGCAGUUGCCAAGUGCGGGGCCAGACAAGAACCUGGUGACAGGAGACCACAUCCCCACGCCGCAGGACCUCCCGCAGAGAAAAUCCUCGCUUGUAACCAGCAAGCUGGCAGGGUAGCCUGCGCUCACAGGCUGGGUUUUUUUCCUAUUUUGUUUUUUUCUUUUGGCUAAAUGGAUUGAACUUCACUGUACCAUAGGGA